CCAACUUUCCAAUUUAUCAUGGAAAAUUCGAGAGCGGCACCAAGUCCAAAAAAGAUGGGGAGGAAACGGUAGAUACCCAGAUACUUCUUACCCGGCCAUUUAUCCAACACGUAUCUCAAAGUCUGUGACUGCAUGAAAUGUUCUUGUUGAGCAAUCACAGACGAGCAAACUCUGAACAGUUAUGAUAGAUAGUUAUUAUUCAGCAAUGUUUAGCUUGUUUAUUUCCGUCGCCUGCAAACACUUCUUUUCGCUUACCUCUCGAGUGUCGUCUGCUAUUGACACAUGUCUUCGUGCCUGUGGGAACGACCAACAUGAGUUUGUUUUCUACGGUAGUGCAAACUCUCUUUGAUAACUGGACGGCAUUACAGCUUGCAGUAGAACACCAGUUGGGUGGAACACAGAGCAAAGAAAUAGCAAAAUGGAUGAAGACUGUAGUGGAAAAGUUCUUCAUAGAGAAUGAUGAUGUGUUGGCACAAGAGAUCACAGAGUACAUGGAGGAUCUUAUGAAUAAUGAAUUCAACACUCUGUGUGAAGAUGGCAGUUUAGAAGAGAUGGGAGAGAGUUUGUGCAAAUAUUUCCGGUUAAUCAAAGAUGGGAAAGAUGCAGAGGUAAUCCUAGAACUGCAAAAAUAUAAAGGAAGUUCUGUGCAUCUCUGUAAAACUGCCUCAAAUCAUGAUGAAUCUACUUUGCAAGAGGAAAAGGAUGAAGAAACUACAGAUAAUCAAACAGUUGAGACCCCCAAAAAAUCUACAAAAAAUGAGCCUGAUGAAGAUGGUUGGGUUACAGUAACAAAGGGAAAAAAACAUUGAUGAAUAUUUAUGUUUCUUUGGAAAUGUCAAUAAAUGUAAAUUUUUCCCCGUUUUUUUUUUUAAAGAUUUGUUUUUGGGCGGUAAAUUUAGAAACGAGUUUUUUUGUGAUCUGGCGAUGCUGUUGAACUAGAGAGGUCUCGUUGGAUUUGAUCAGUUGUUCCUGACUGUUAGGAGCUAGUGUUUGAGAUGUUAGCUAGUGAUUAGAAGCUGAAAUUAGAAAUUACCGAAGCAAAUUUUACAUUUCAAUGUUUUAUUUGCUGUAAUUUAUGUUUGUAAGUUUUCAAUAUGAAGCUCUGUCUUGAAUGUAGUUAACCUGACUGUCAUAACAAUGUAUACCAGUGAUGAAAGAAAGGCGAAGUUGAGAACGCAGAGCCUUGAGAUUCUCGUUGAAUUGUUUUCUUCUUGAGACUCGGCUUGCGUGUGAAAUACCUUUACUAUCUGAGGUGUGGUUUGUCUGUUUUAAAGAUGCAUUGUUUUUUCUCCCUCUGCGAACCUUUUGACUUUUUGUAUCAAAUUUUCCGUUGAACUGAAGUUAUGUAUUUGAAGGAAUUCAAUUGAAUAAAGAAUUUUUAAAU